GGCGGCGCCGGGCGGCCGGGACUAGACCGGGCGGAAGAAGUCGUGCCCAAGGUAUUUCCGGUUCCGGUGUCACUUCGAGGCGCCGCCGCCGCAGCUGCCGGAGCCGCGAUGCCUAAAGGAGGGAGAAAGGGAGGCCACAAGGGCCGGGCAAGGCAGUACACAAGCCCUGAGGAGAUUGACGCACAGCUCCAGGCUGAAAAGCAAAAAGCCAGGGAAGAAGAGGAACAAGGAGAAGAAGGUGGAGAUGGGGCUGCAGGAGACCCCAAAAAGGAGAAGAAAUCUCUAGACUCAGAUGAGAGUGAGGAUGAAGAAGAUGACUAUCAGCAAAAGCGCAAAGGUGUGGAAGGGCUCAUCGACAUUGAGAACCCCAACCGGGUGGCACAGACAACCAAAAAGGUCACACAACUGGAUCUGGAUGGGCCAAAGGAGCUUUCAAGGAGGGAACGAGAAGAAAUUGAGAAGCAGAAAGCAAAAGAACGUUACAUGAAGAUGCAUUUAGCUGGGAAGACAGAGCAAGCCAAGGCUGACCUUGCCCGGCUGGCAAUCAUCCGGAAACAGCGGGAGGAAGCUGCCAGGAAGAAAGAAGAGGAAAGGAAAGCAAAAGAUGAUGCCACACUGUCAGGAAAACGAAUGCAGUCGCUCUCCCUGAAUAAAUAAGCGUGACCUGUGGGAAGAGAUGCCAGGAAAUGGGCGGCGCCACCAGGACCUCUGCUGUGUCUCACUCACCCUGUGCCCUGGUGCCGCUGCAGCAGCCCCUCAUGGCCAGGAGCCCCCGCAGCCUGAGGUCUCCUCUUCAUCUUGGCACAGAAAUUGGAGGGAUGUGGGGGGGCUGGGGGAGGGGCAGCUGCUAUCUUUGAGACAGAAAGAUGCAGGACAGCAUUUCGUAUGUAACCAUUUGAAUGUUUUCGCUGUUUUAGAAUUCAGAACCCUUGUUGGGUGCCUGGGAGGUGGGGUAAGAAGAGCUUCCAUUUGUCUGGUAGAUUGCACGUUAGUGGGUGGUUGUGCCGGGAGGUAGCUGCUGACAAGUUGUGACAACCAGGCCAUUUAUGUGGCCUGGGUGCUCCUUCAGAGAGGGGCUGUCAUGUGGGAGUCUACACCCUGGGUCCCUGAGGGUAAAGGCUUGUCCCUGGCCUGUCCCUUGUGUCUGAGACUGCUUCUCCCUGCCCUUCCCCAUCCUAUUCCCACCUCCCUGGCCAGGGCAUGGGCCCAUUUUUAACUGUACCCAUCGAUCAUUUCAAGAACCUCUGGUGACUGUGCAGCACCCAGGCAAAACAUGCUCCACAAAUUCAACUUGUAUAUUUGGCAGAUUAAACUUGACAUUAUCGUAA